GCCGCGGCGCAGGGGUGGUGGGCGCUGAGGUCCCGGCUGAGGGCCCGGAAGGUGCCGCUGCAGCCCACAGGUGGGGCCGGGAGCGAAACUAUGUAGCCUGUGGAGACGCUCCCUCUGGCCUCUGUGAAGCCCACAUGGCUCUGUAUGAUGAAGACCUCUUGAAGAACCCUUUCUACCUGGCUCUGCAGAAGUGGCGCCCCGACUUGUGCAGCAAGGUGGCCCAGAUCCAUGGCAUUGUCUUAGUGCCCUGCAAAGGAAGCCUGUCGAGCGGUGUUCAGGCCACUUGUCAGUUCGAGUCCUACAUUUUGAUACCCGCAGAAGGACAUUUUCAGACUCUAGAUGGAAAGGACGUCGUUAUACAAGGAAACAGGAUUAAGCUAGGACCUGGCCUUGCCUGUCUUCUCUCAGUGCCCAUUCUCUUUGAGGAGACUUUCUACAAUGAAAGAGAAGAAAGUUUCAGCGUCCUGUGUAUCGCGCACCCUUUGGAAAAGAGAGAGAGCUCAGAAGAGCCUUCUGCAUCCUCAGAUCCCUUUUCUCUGAAAACCAUUGAAGAUGUGAGAGAAUUUUUGGGAAGGCACUCUGAGAGAUUUGACAGGAACAUCGCCUCUUUCCAUCGAACGUUUCGAGAAUGCGAAAGGAAGAGCCUCCGCCACCACAUAGACUCAGUGAAUGCCCUCUACACCAGAUGUCUCCAGCAGCUUCUCAGAGACUCUCAUUUGAAGGUGCUUGCCAAGCAGGAGGCCCAGAUGAACCUGAUGAAGCAAGCUGUAGAGAUGUAUGUCCAUCACGAUAUUUACGACCUGAUCUUUAAAUAUGUGGGGACCAUGGAGGCAAGCGAGGAUGCCACCUUUAACAAAAUCACAAGAAGCCUUCAAGACCUUCAGCAGAAAGACAUUGGCGUGAAACCUGAGUUCAGCUUCAACAUCCCCCGGGCGAAGAGGGAGCUGGCGCGGCUGAACCGGUGCACGUCCCCGCAGCAGAAGCUGCUGUGCCUGCGGAAGGCGGUGCAGCUCCUCACGCAGCCUCCCAGCCAGAAAGUGAACUUGGAGACGAUGUGUGCUGAUGAUCUUCUCUCAGUCCUGCUGUAUUUGCUGGUGAAGACAGAGAUCCCUAACUGGAUGGCAAAUUUGAGCUAUAUCAAAAACUUCCGCUUCAGCAGCUCUGCAAAAGAUGAGUUGGGAUACUGCCUGACUUCGUUUGAGGCUGCGGUGGAGUAUGUCCGACAAGGAAGUCUCUCCGUGAAGCCGUCUGAGUCUGAGGGAUUUGGUGACAGACUGGUCCUUAAGCAGAGGAUGAGCUUGCUGUCCCAGAUGACUUCAACACCCAUUGACUGCCUGUUUCAGCACAUCAUGUCUGGUAACCAAAAAGAAGUAGAAAGACUUCUGGGCCAAGAAGACCAAGACCAGAACAAAGAUGCCAUCCAAAAGAUGUGUCACCCUCUGUGCUUCUGCGAGGACUGCGAGAAGCUGGUGUCUGGGAGGCUGAAUGACCCGUCAGUUGUCACUCCUUUCUCCAGAGAUGACAGGGGUCACACGCCCCUCCACGUGGCUGCUCUCUGUGGGCAGGCGUCCCUCAUCGACCUCCUCGUGUCCAAGGGUGCUGGGGUGAAUGCCACGGACUACCACGGGUCCACUCCACUGCACCUGGCGUGCCAGAGAGGCUACCAGAGCGCGACGCUGCUGCUGCUGCACCACAAAGCCAGCCCCGAGGCACAGGACAACAACGGCAACACCCCGCUCCACCUGGCCUGUACCUACGGGCAUGAAGACUGUGUGAAGGCGCUGGUUUACUAUGAUGCACAGUCAUGCAGACUGGAUGUUGGUAACGAGAAAGGAGACACAGCCCUUCACCUCGCUGCACGUUGGGGUUACCAGGGCAUCAUAGAGACUUUGCUGCAGAACGGAGCCCCCACAGAGAUCCAGAACAGACGGAAAGAAACGCCGCUGCAGUGUGCAUUGAACUCAAAGAUUCUGUCUGUAAUGGAAGCUCACCACCUGUCCUUGGAAAGGAUGCUGAAGCCUGUGGAGCUUCCUGCACAGUCCCCUCCACGCUCCAAGGACUCCAUCAGUCAGGGCUCCUCAGCCUCUGGCUUUUCCUCCGUGUCCACAAGCUCCAGACAAGAGGAGAUGAAGAAGGACUACCGGGAGGUAGAAAAACUUUUAAGAGCAGUUGCCGAUGGAGAUCUAGAAAUGGUGCGUUACCUUCUGGAGUGGACAGAGGAGGACCUGGACGAAGCGGACAGCGCUGGCAUUGCAGCGGAUCUUGACCUGUGUCACCCCUUGUGCCAGUGCCCCAAGUGUGCUCCUGCUCAGAAGCUGCCACGGAUUCCUGCCAGCGGCCUUAGUGUGAAUGUGACCAACCAGGACGGCCUCUCCCCACUGCAUGUGGCUGCCCUGCACGGCCGGGCAGACCUUGUCCUCCUCCUGGUGAAGCAUGGUGCCAGGGUGGGUGCCAGAGACACAAGCCAAGCUGCCCCACUCCACUUGGCGAGCCAGAAGGGCCACUUUCAGGUGGUGAAAUGUCUAUUAGAUUUGAAUGCAAAACCCAAUAAAAAGGACGUGAGUGGGAACACACCCCUCAUUUACGCCUGUUCUGGUGGACAUCACGAAGUCGCUGCGCUGUUGCUACAGCGUGGGGCCUCCAUCAAUGCUUCCAACAACAAGGGCAACACCGCCCUGCACCUGGCCGUCAUAGAGAAGCAUGCCUUGGUGGUGGAGCUGCUGCUGCUGCACGGGGCAUCUGCACAUGUCCUGAACAAGAGGCUGUGCUCCCCUGCCAACUUCGCCCAGCACAAUUCAAAAAUCAUGGAGUUGCUUCGUGUGUGGCCGAGCCAUACAGCCCCGCUGAGUGACGCUGACACGGACCACAAGGAGCACGUAACUGCUGAGAUCUGGAAAAAACGGAACUCAAAACUGUACAACUUACCAGAGGAGCCUUUUACGAGACAGUUUUACCUUGUUCACUCAGGGGAACAGUGUGGGGAAAGGACUUCAGGGGAGAUUAUGGCAAGAGACAGAAGUGUGCCUAACCUCACUGAAGGUUCUUUGCAUGAGCCAGUGGAGCAGAACCUGCCCGGCCAGAGCAGAUGUCAGGGCACCGAGGAAGGAAACGAGGGGCCUGCGCUGAGGCAGGCUGCCCCUGGGCCCAGGCGGACACUCUGCAGGCACACGGUGGGUGAUGCAGCCAUAGCCCAGGGUCCGCAGCCAGCCAGCCACCAUGCCACACCCAAAGACGCUCACGUUUCCCAGUCUCCACAGGAUGCAGAGAAGUGAGUCCGCAGGAAGAUAAGCCGAGCCUGAGUGUAUUAGAACCAAUUUGCUUUCCACUAAGCGGCACGGGCUGUCUGCAGCAGAAAGUUCCCCAAAGCUUUUCAGUGGCCGAGUGAAUGACUGCUACACAAAACCUACAUCAUCUCUUCCUCUGCAAAGCUAACAGCCCCUGAGAGUACCGGAAAUAUUCAGCUCCUUAAUCUGGGAUGUUAUCUUCCAAAUGUUCAGUUUCUGAGGUGACAGGGAGGUUUCAUGGUCAGAACCUGACUUCCCUCUACUGAAAGGUGCUAUCCCUCUGGGCAUGUGCAAGUUAGCAGGCCCUAAGUGGAGCAUCCUGCCCGGAGAAGUCAGAGCAGCAGCUGAGUGGCUCUCAUGGUACUGUGGAGGCAGAAUGGGCCUUCGGAAUGAAGAAGCGGAACCCAGAACAUGACUCUGCAAUGCAACGCUUGAACCAGAAGAUGCCUAAAUGCGUUGUGAUGUUCCUGUCAGUGAAGAGGCUGCGUCAGCCUUGUUCCACACCGCACGUCCCUGGCACGCGUGCGCCUGCAGUGGUGGGCAUGCCUUUUUCCGUUAAGAGCGUCUUUCACUUGUCACAGCUGGUGGGUGGUUGUCCGAGAGACUGGCACAUCUUAAGUCUUUUCAUUCAAAUUCAAAACUUACAGCACAAACCAGGUCCAUUACUUUGAGUUAGAAUUUGCCAUUUCUUCCUUUUUAUAAAUUUCUAUAGAUUCUGUUAUUUUUUUAUGUUAUGGGUCUAGAGCUGCAAACAUGGGUUUGUUCCGAGUACAUUUUUAAAUAACUUUGUAAUAGGGAAAUGGUUUUGUGCACAUUCUGGGUUAUACUUGCGUAUGUAUAGGAAGGAGGGGCUGAUUAUUUUUCUACCAAAGUAAUUUAUGAUUUCUAAUUUUCCAAUGUGCCUUGGAUAUGUGCCAAAUGAUGGAAAAGAAACAGUAAACUUUAUGAUUUUU